CUUGAAUAGUAGGACUCGACUUGCGUGACUGAGUGCUUGGAGAGCUUGGUGACUGGACAUACAGGAAGGGAUCAUAGUGCUCACAAAAAGCUUGGACUGUGUGCUCAGGAAGAGCUUGGACUUUUGUGCUCAUAAGAGCUUGGUUACUCGCGAAAAAUCAUCUGGGUGCCCGGGAGGGCUUGGAUUCUUGCCCCCUCAACGGUGUUCUCGAAGGACUUGGAUCUGGAUUUUUAACAAAACAAAGUAGUGCUCAAGAAACUGUACACGGAGUGUACGUGCUGGAGCUCGAACGUAAAAUUGCAAGGCAAUUCGGGUGCCAGACUGAAUCUUGUUACGGCGUGGGAUUCGAAACCAAAACAAACUCUACUUGCUACCGAACUACGUGCUCGCUUUUGCAAACGCGUCCUCGAAACUUAACACCCCGUUUAUAAUCCGAACUCUUUCUUGAUUUUGUUAAUAUGUCUGCAUCCACGGGCGAAGCCGAGCUCAGGCAAAACAGUCACUCUAAAAACUCUGCAACCUCACCAGAACACCAAUCAUCCCCAAACUCUUGGACGUUGGGAGAUCGUACAUCGAAUGACCAUUCGCGGGCAAAAUCUCCUCACCAAACCGCAUCGGAGGAGCCCGAGGGACAUGACCGAAGCGAUAAGGACAGUUUACAGGGUAGCACCGAGAAAAGUAAACCAAAAGACAAGGUUAAAGCAAAUGCGACGGCCGAGAAGUUCAAAGGGAAAGAGAAGGCAAUCGAAAAGGAGAAAGUGACCUCUCCUCAGAAGAAGCCCAUGCCAAACCGCCGAUCCUCCACUCGCUUGCAGACCAACGACAACUCAUCCUUGUCCAUCCUUUCCGACGACGACGACCCCUCACCACCCUCGUCAGAAUGUCUUCCGGAUGAUCAGGCUGCCAUUGCUGACGCAUUGAAGGUUCAAAUACUGGGGAAGAAGAGGUCGACGGCUGUCGUGGCGUCUGCUCUGAACCGCAACACGCUUGCUCUGGGAGGUCAUCAAUUAGAGCUGGUAGAAAUACAACGCAAGAACGAAGAAAGGGUUCGGGGUGAAAUCGGGGAGCUGAGAGUGCGUGUAGAUGCACUGGAAGUGUCUGGACUGGGUGCCCACGUAGACGAAUCUGUCAUCUCUGACGGAUCAGGUUCCCCGAAAGUGCCUGCAGCGUCUCUCCUACGUGAUAUUAGGACGCGUAUCAAGGCACUUGAAGGCAACAACCAUUUGCUAAAGGACGGUGUAGAUUGGAAGCGGACCUUGGACAAGGAAUUUCGUACGCUUAAGGACAAAGUAGAGGUUUAUGAAGGUUUUCGAAAACUCUCCCCCAGCCAAAGGAUGUCAUGGAGGUAUGCACAUACGCCACAAAGGAGUUUACGAGAAUAGGAUCUCUCAUAUCCAAAGGGCUUUCGGAUCUACGCGAAGAGGUGAGGGUGGACCGAAAAACGUCGAUAGCUGACGCCUUCAAAAAGGUCACCACCACCAUCAACUCACACAACGACACUCUUCGGGAGGAGAAUAGGAAGCUGUGGGCCAAGCUCGAUGACGUCUCCACCAAGCUUGAAGCAGCUUUGGCAGAUAAUGAUGGUCUACGUGCUCGACUGCAAGGUAUUGGAAAUAUUUUAUGCCACAGAAAUUGUCUAUGCAACAUAAUUCA